CCCUUUGUCAUCUCUCACUCUAGCUCCACAUCAAGUGCCUACUGCAGCAUAUCAGGACUUUAUUGUGCAGCGGUUUAAAAAACAGGUCGAUUUGUGCUUCGCCUAUUAAAGCGACUUGACUUAAACGGCACUUUUGACCGAAAUCUAGGCGUUUGAGAUACAGACUCCGUGCGUAAAAGCUCCGAGAACAUUGUGUCCUCCGUGGGGCAAAAUGACAGCGAAGCACCGUAAAGGGAAGAACAACCACAAACAUGAAGACAACUUUUUCAAGAACGAUGUUAUGGAGUCUGAAGUCCGCGCUGCAGGGAACAAUUAUACUCUCGCCUUGGUUUUGGUCCUAGUUGUUGUACUUGGAGGCGCAAUAGGUGCGUGGUUCUGUUUCCAACAGCACCAAACUUUAACCUACUUGACUGACAAUAUCAUGGGAAUACAGAUGAAAAUAGCUAAACUACAAUCCUCUCACGAAGAGCUCAGACAGUCAAGUGGAAAGCACAUUUCAGAUGGCCUGGUGUCCCGCUUGAAUUCACUUGAAGAGUCCUAUUCUCUGGCUCAGAAACAAGUGGGCAUGGCGCUGGCCACUGCGGAACAGCUUAAAACCUCAGAUUUACCUGCUCAGGUGUUGUCACUGCACACUGAGAUGAAAACAAGAUUGGCUGAAAUGCAACAAGCCACAGUGUCCAUGGAGCAGCUGGACCACAUCCAGAGUCUGGUGCAGGGGAAGAGCGAGGAGUUUGAGGGGGUCAGGCUGAAGCUGGAGGCCCUGGCGGCACUCAGCGAUGGUUUAUCUCUCAAAGUGGAAGCACUAGAGAGUGACCUAGGAGCAGCCGAAUCCAAACUCACCGAGCAGGUUGCUACUUUGAGUGCUAGUCUCAAUGGACAGGCUGCUGAAGUGCUGAGUCUAAGGGAGCAGCUGGAGGAAGCCAGUGUGAGAGCUGAGGCUGAAACUGAACAGGCCCCAGAAGCAACAGAAACCACAGUGGAAGAACAACUGGAGCCAGUAUUGGAGGAUAGAGCUGCUGAGGUUUUGGAACAAGCAGACACACCACAAGAAGAGACAACUGAAGAAGAAACAACAGAAGGAGAGGAACUUCCACUGACAGAUGAAGUGACCUCUGCCGAACCUACUGAGGAGGAGAUGAUAGAUGAUACUGAGGAGGAGCCAGCUGCACCAGAAGAGCCCUCCGUGGAGACAGAGGCUGAGGAAGCCCCAGAAGAACCUACCCCUGAAGUGGAGGAGAUAAUCGAGAGUGAGCCUGUGCAGGAAGAGACCACAGAAAACCAGGAGGAUGUUAAAACAGAGGAAACAAAUACUGGAGAUGCUUUACCUGAGGUUGAGGAGGCACCAGCAGAAGUAGAAGCAGAGGAAAUUGAUGAAGGCACUGGUGUAGAGGAUGCACAAGAAGUAGAAGAAAGACAAGAGGAUGUCCCAAAAGAAGAUGAAGAACUUUCAGGACAGGCAACAGAACCUGAGCCAGAGGAGCAGUUAGAAACCAAAGAAAUAACAGAGGAAGAGACAGUGGAGGCUAAAGAAGCAGUAGAAGAAGAACCAGCGCCAGAGGACUCACCAGCAGAGGACACUAAUACUGUAGAUGACACAAGCAUAGCAGAAGAGGAGGCAGCGUCAGAAGCAGAGCCAGACGUAGCAGAGAUUCCUGAAGAACAAGAGGAGCAGGUGGAGGUAGAGACUGAUGACCAGGUUGAACAGGUUGAGCCAGAGCCACGGGAGGAGGUUCAAGAUGCUCUAGAGGACAAAUAGUGCAUCCCACAGGCAUGGACUUUUGAAAUGGACUUGUCCACAAAGUUAAAGGGAAUUUUUUCUGAGUGUCAGACACACACCAACAGAGAAAUAAGGAAGCAUUGUCUUUGAAUAGGUUUUUAUUGCAGUAUCAAUAAUGUGGUUGCUUUGAAAAAGGCACGUUUGGUCAGAAGUCUGUCUACCUCAAAGAUGUGUCUUUUUUUAUUAGUAAUUUGAAGGUCUUGCUGCUAAAACAACCACAGAAGCCUUAAUCUACAACAGUUUCCACUCGCCAACACUAGCACUUGUUGUCAAGGUUAGAGCUCAUGCAGUUACUGUAUAGGAUAUGGUUACAAUGGAUUGUUAAUGCACUUAAAGCCAUAAAGAAAACCUGUUUGUCUACAUUAAAACAGUUGCUUAUUGCCACUGUGGAAUGUAUCACAUUCUAAGAUUGUAAAAAAAAACUGAGAGAUCCAUUUGCUGAUUACAUAGGCAGUCAUGCUGCCACUGACAGCUAACAGGAGUAUGUUAAGGUUUUGGGAAGGUUUUAGUGGGUAGCUUUUUGUACUUUUUAAUUUUCCAAUUAAUUAAUUACCAACUGAGAAAACUGGAAGAGCAUAUACUUCUUAUUUUGCACUUACACUGGUUACUGUUAAAGCUGUGUGCGUGAUGUCAAAGAUUAAAAACUGACUUGUGUGUUGUCAAAUUAUACUGGUUAAAGGAUCCCUAAAUUUAGUGAUGAAAUUAGAGCAAUUAAAUUAUGAUAUAAGGGGUCUGCAUCAGUGACAACAAUGAUAUCAGUUUAUUUUCACAGCACAAGCUGCAAAACAACAGUCUGUCUUUUUCAGCAAAGUUGGUCACCAGGAGAACUGUUUCAACAAAGUCCUUUUUGUCAAUCUCACAUGUCUGUCGCAUCCUUUAAAUAAACUCCAGUUUUUGA